AUGGUGAUGGCGGCGAAGAAGGGCCAAGGCCCCGGUGGCGGGGUCGGCGGAGGGAAGGCAGAGGCGGAGGCGGCCUCGGAGGUGUGGUGUCGCCGGGUGCGGGAGCUAGGCGGCUGCAGCCAGGCCGGGAACCGCCACUGCUUCGAGUGCGCCCAGCGCGGGGUCACCUACGUGGAUAUCACCGUGGGCAGCUUCGUCUGCACCACCUGCUCCGGCCUCCUGAGAGGCCUGAACCCCCCACAUCGAGUCAAGUCCAUCUCGAUGACAACUUUCACUGAGCCUGAAGUAGUCUUUCUUCAGUCUCGUGGAAACGAGGUGUGCAGGAAGAUCUGGUUGGGUCUUUUUGAUGCCCGGACCUCUUUAGUUCCAGAUUCUAGAGAUCCUCAGAAAGUGAAGGAGUUUCUCCAGGAAAAAUAUGAGAAGAAGAGAUGGUAUGUCCCCCCAGACCAAGUGAAGGGGCCUGCUUCUGCCAAAGGCAGCGCCUCCACCCCUAUCCAGGGCUCCAUCCCAGAAGGGAAGCGGACACUUCUGGGUGAUCCAGCGCCAUCUCUCUCAGCUGCCGCCUCCACCUCUAACCAGUCUAUCAGUCAGUCUCAGGCUCGGAUAUCCCAGCCCCGGAGCUCCCAGGCAACCCCUCAUUCCUCUGUCAAGAAAGCUAGUACUGACCUGCUGGCUGACAUCGGUGGAGACCCCUUUGCUGCUCCCCAGGGGCCACCAACUUUUGCUGCAUUCCCAGCCUUUGGGGGCCAGACACCUUCCCAUGGGGGCUUUGCCAACUUUGAUGCCUUUGGCAGUAGCCCCAGCUCUUCUGCAUUUGGACAUAUCCCUCCAGCUGGCCAAGCCCCAUUCCAGGCCCAGCCAACACCCACAGGGAGCAGCCAGGUGACUCCAUUUGGUGUCUCUCCUCUCGCACCUGCCAGCCAGCCUAGCAGCCUCGGAGAUAUGGGCAGCAUCCUGGGAGCCGGGGGGCCAGCUGGAGGUAUCCCUAACAGCGUCUUUGGGAUGGCUAGCCCAGUGCCCGCACUCCAGUCCGCCUCAGCUGGCGGCAGUGGCAGCACAGGAUUUGCCUUUGGAGCCUUCACCAACCCUUUCACAGCACCUGCUGCUCACCCCCAGCUGCUCUCCACCAACCCCUUCCAGCCCAACGGCUUGGCCGCAGGUAAGACAGCCCCCGACCCUGGCCCCUUUAGAUUCUCCAGCGCUGGGCCUGGCUUUCCCCAGGCAGGGCCACCGGCCGGUGCCUUUGCUGGCACCUUCCCACCACCUCUGUUCUCCCCUCAGACCUCCAUGACUCAGCAGCAGAACGGCUCUUCCUUCGAGGACUUAGGAUCAGUCAAGCUGGGGCAGAGGCCGCUAGGCCAGCCAGCCACGGUCUCCACCAACCCCUUCAUGACUGGACCAUCGUCAAGCCCAUUUGCCUCUAAACCUCCGACCACCAACCCGUUCUUGUAG